AUGCCUAGCAGUAUCUCAGCUGCUCUGAGGCAAACUGGACAUGUUCAGUUGGGCCACAUCGACUACCAGGCAACACUGAAGAUUGUUGCCUUACUCAUUGUUAUCUACUGGUGCCUUGUAUGGAUCUACCGCAUCACUCUCCACCCCCUGGCUCAUUACCCGGGCCCGAAGCUCUGGGCAACCACUUGUCUUGUGCAGACAUUCUACGCUUUGCGUGGGGAGUUUGCAUUCAAGGUCGCAGAUUUACAUACCAAGUAUGGCCCCGUCGUUCGUCUGGGGCCGUCUGCGGUAUCUUACAUUGAUGAAAAAGCCUGGGAGGAUAUCCAUGGUCGACACGAUGGGCGGAAACAAUUGAAAAAGGCCAAGGAAUUCGUGCCGACAAGCCCUCCGAACGGAGCCCAAGGGCUGGUAUUUGUCAAGGAUGACAAUGCUCAUGGACGGCUGAGGCGAAACUUUUCACACGGAUUCUCCGACAAGGCUCUGCGUGACCAAGAGGAUAUCAUAGGAGGAUAUUUCGAAAAGCUUGUCGCAAGAAUUCGGCGGUCAAGUGAUGAUCACGAGCCAAUCAAUAUGAUGAGGUGGUAUCAACUUACCACAUUCGAUAUUGUUGGAGAUCUCACGUAUGGCGAAGAUAUCGGCUGCAUGAACGAUGAUGCGCACGACCUUCACAAAUGGAUUGAGAAUUUGUAUUAUAUUGUGAAAGCUAUGUUCCUUCUCGGAUUCAUGCGAGAUUUCUUCCGUCUUGACAAGCUGUUGCUCAUCGUCAUGACUUCUGAUAAACUGCCGUUGAAGAAGAACAAACAUCGACUUAUGCUCAUCGAAAAGCUGAACCGUCGGCUGGAGCGGAAAGAACCACGCAGCGAUUUCAUGGAGCAUGUCAUUCGCAACCUCAAUACCCCGACGGGCAUCACCUAUGAUGAGAUGCUCAUGACAUCGUCCAAUCUCCUCAUGGCGGGUGCCGAGACAACAGCAAUGACAUUAUCCGGUGCAACAGGUCCGAGAAGCAUUUGGGGCCGAUCCAGCAAGGAUCGCAAUGACCACCACUACUGA